AUGGCGCCCCGUAAAGGAAAGGAGCCCGCGUCUUGGGAAGUGGACGCCAACAAGCCCAAGCCGGAAGGCGAGACGCGCGUUCGGCGCUCUUACGCCGUUAAAGAGCUCACUACGCAACCCGCUCCCGGUAUAGACACAGUGCACGAUGUCCUCCUCUACGCCGCUCGAACCCACGGCGCCAAGCAAGGUUUCGGUUCCCGCGAGACCGACAAGGUCAUCAACGAAGACAAGGUGGUGACCAAGAUGGUCGGUGGCAAGGAGGAGAAGCAGACCAAGACGUGGAGCUACUUCAAACUCAAGCCUUAUGACUGGGUGUCGUAUGAGGGGGCUUUGCAGCUCGCCAAGCAGAUUGGGAGUGGAUUGCGGGAGUUGGGGUCGGGUGGCGAGGGGGAGACCUACUUCAACAUUUACGCGGGCACCUCCCGUAACUGGAUGCUCAUGUCCCACGCUUGCGCCUUUAAUGCGGUCCCCAUCUGCACAGCCUACGACUCGCUCGGUCCUGACGGCCUGACGCACAGUCUGAACGAGACCGAGGUCCGAGGAAUGUUCACCAACGCCGACCUCCUCCCGACCCUCACCAAGAUCAUCUCCAAGUGCGCCAGCGUCAAGCUCGUCGUGUAUGACGGCAAGGCCGAGGAGGGGGUGGUGGCGAAACUCGAGGCGGCCAAGGAGGGCAUCAAGGUUGUGCACCUGGAUGAGGUGAUUCGGAUUGGAAAGGAGAACAUGAAGGAGGCGGUCAAGGCCAAGCCGGAGGAUGUUUACUGCUGCAUGUACACCUCGGGGUCUACUGGUACGCCCAAGGGUGUAUUGUUGACUCACCGGAAUGUCACCGCUGCCAUCGGCUCGGUCUGGACCCUCCUGUACGACAUCCUCAAACCCGACAUGACCUACCUCGCCUUCCUCCCCCUCGCCCACAUUCUCGAAUUCGUCGUCGAGAACUCGUUCGUCUUUGCCGGUAUCGGAAUCGGGUACGGUAAAGUCAAGACUUUGACCGACGCCAACGUUCGGGAAUGCAAGGGCGAUAUUGCCGAGCUCCGACCUGCAAUCAUGGUCGGUGUCCCGGCGGUGUGGGAGCUCAUCCGGAAGGGUGUUCUCUCGAAAGUCGAGGCGGGUCCAGCGAUCAAGAAGUCCGUCUUCAACUGGGCGCUGUCCGCCAAGCAAAGCGCGGUGCAAUAUGGUAUACCGGGUAUCGCGGGUUUGACGGACGCGGUGGUCUUCAAUCAGGUGCGGGCGCAGACGGGCGGAAAGUUGAAGUAUCUCUUCAACGGAGGUGGAGCGGUCAGCCGCAACACCCAGACAUUCCUCAACACCGCUUUGGUCCAGAUGAUCCAGGGCUACGGUCUCACCGAAUCUACCGCCAUGGCCGCUAUCCUCCACCCUUCCUGGGCCGUCGUUGGCGCCGUGGGCGGUCCCGUCCCCGCCGCCGAAGUCAAGCUCGUCGACGCGACCGAGCUCAAAUACUUCUCUACCAACUCUCCUCCCCAGGGCGAGAUCUGGGUGCGCGGACCUGCCAUCUUCAAAGGCUACUUUAAGCGCCCGGAUCUGGACGAGGAGGCCUUUACGUCGGACGGAUGGUUCAAGACGGGCGAUAUCGGCCAGUGGAACAAGGACGGCACCUUGUCGAUCAUCGACCGGCUCAAGAAUCUCAUCAAGCUCUCGGGCGGAGAGUACAUCGCCGUCGAGCACCUCGAGUCCAUUUACAAGUCGUGCCCCCUCGUCGCGAACGGCGCGAUCAUUGCGAACGGCGAGCACAACCAGCCGGCCAUGGUCGUCGUGGCGCACCCCCAGAACUUCCCCAAGUGGGUCCAGAAGCAGGGGAUGGGGAGCGGCGAGGAUUUGGAGGAGAUGUGCAAGGAUGAAAAGGUGGUGAAUGCGGUUUUGAAGGAGUUGAAUGAUGUAGGCAGGAAGCAGGGGUUGAAGGGGAUGGAAUUGCUCGAGGCGGUGGUUUUGACGGAGGAGGAGUGGACGCCCGAAUCGGGAUUCUUGACGGCUGCGCAGAAACUCCAGCGUCGGACGAUUCAGAAGCACUACGAGGACCGGAUCAAGAAGGUCUACGCGUGA